AUGGCGCAGCCCUGCGGCAAGGGCGGCGGGCCCCGGCCCCCCUCCGGGCCCCCCGCCGAACACGCAAGCCCCCACAUCCCCCUCUCGCGCCCCAGGCCAUCAUGCACGAGAUCCACGCCUCCCGCCCGCGACCACCUUUCCGCGCAGGCCAUUGCCGUCGACGCCCCGCCGGCCAAAACCGCGCGCCCCGCCCCGGAGGUCCUCAGGCAGAGCGAGCUCCGGGGUCUGUUUGCGGACGUGCAGGUCGGCAAGGGCUACCUCGAGGGGAAUUUUCUACCCGUGCGUGAAGCUGAGGACCCCAGCAUCGGGGACAAUUUGAAGGUGAUAGAGGGGAGCAUUCCAGCUGGCUUAAGAGGGGCGUUCCUGCGCAACGGGCCCAAUCCGACGAGGAGGCCCUUCAAGGGAAAGCACCAUUGGUUCGACGGCGACGGCAUGCUGCACUGCGUGAUGUUUUCUGGGGCAGAAAACCGGCCCACGGCUAGUUACCGCGGGAGGAUGAUACGCACGCUGGGGCGCCAGAUGGAGGAGGCGCUGGGCGUCGAGGAGGACAUCUUCAGCGGCUUCUGCACGAUGGAGUAUUUGGGGCUGGCGGUGAACGCGUUGGCGAUGAAGGUGCUGCCGCCCAGGGCGUUCGGCGUGGCGGGGGGGGAAGGGAACUGGGGGGACAUGGCCUGGUGGGCGUCCACCAAGAACAGGGCCAACACGUCGGUGGUGCACCACCACGGGAAGUGCCUGGCGCUGUGGGAGGUGGGCGCCCCGUAUGAAGUGAGGCUUCCGGACGUGGAGACCGUGGGCCCGUACAGGUUUCGGGGCGCCGUAGACGGCAACUUUUCGGCGCACCCGAAGGUGGACCCGGUGACAGGGGAGAUGAUGGUCGUGUCGUACCAGCUGAUGGGGCGCUCGCAGUGCGUGUACAGGGUGUUCGACAGAAAUGGGAGCCUCAUCCAUGAGAUUCGCCUGAAAGAGCUCAUGAACCAUGUCAUGAUGCAUGACUGCGCAAUCACUAAGCACUACACCCUGGUCCUGGACAUGCCUCUCGUUUACACGCCCACUGAACUGCGCGCUGGAGGCAACGUGUUCAAAUUCAAUCCCGAUGUAGGCGCCAGAAUCGGUGCUUUGCCUCGAUUCGGCAAAGAGGAGGACAUUAGAUGGAUGAACGUCGAUCCCUGUUUCAUCUUCCACACUAUCAACGCAUUUGAGAGGGGAAGCGAGGUCGUGCUGCACUGUGUGCGAAAUCCUGAACAGAGUGUGGCAGCCAAGGAGUUGAUCGACUUGGAAGGCCGCCUCCAUGAAUAUGUGCUGGAUCUGGAGACCGGUGAGAGCCGUGAAAGGUGUCUGUCUGACUUCGGCCACGAGAUAGGCUUGCUGACGAUGAACGAGGCGCUGUUGGGGCAGCACUGUCGCUUCUUUUACACCACCGCAGUGUGUGACAGACCUGGCGGCAGGGGCCACCAGAAUGGAAUUUUCAACAAGAUACUGAAAUUCGAUACGGAUGAUUGGAGUUCCCCUCCCGUUGAGCAUGUUCUCCCUGAGGGGUGGUUCACAAGUCAGUUCGCUUUCGCUCCCCGCGACUGCACCCAAGGCAGCAAAAGGCCCAGUGACCUGGACGCUGGCGUCGAUGCCUCUGAAGAUGGCUGGCUCGUGGGAUUCGCUUCAGAUUACAAGACAGGUGCCACAGAGGUCGUUGUGCUGGAUGCGGAGAGCAUGGGCGUGGUCACCAGGCUGGAGAUGCCCCUGCGUGUGCCGUACGGGUUCCAUGCAGCGUUCGUCCCUCAGCACCAGCUUGCCCUCGAUGAUGGGCAGCCUCCCAGUCAAUGA